AUGGCGAGGCUUGGUCAAUUGACAAGAACAGUAUUCAGAUCUCUAAAACAUCAAUCAUCAUUCCCUUUCCAAUUACAAUCUAGAAGAUCUUCUUUUUAUUUUUUGAAUACAUGUUUUACAAAACCCUUGAAUUAUUCUCCCAAUUCAAGGAUAAGCUUCACUUCACGUGGUUAUUCUUCUGUGACUGAAGAAUCUCAGUCCCCUAGCACCAUCGAUUACCGUUCUGUGCUUCCGGAAGAGAAGUAUCACAUGUUGGCUAAUUCCACUAUCCAUGACCUGAUAGAGAAGCUAGAGGAAUAUGGCGACUCCUUGGAGAUUGAUGGUUUCGAUGUAGACUAUGGGAAUGAGGUAUUAACACUGAAGCUCGGGAGUUUGGGAACCUAUGUAAUAAACAAGCAAACGCCAAAUAGACAGAUUUGGAUGUCAUCUCCCCUGAGGUACUGA